AUGGGUAAUAUCGCGACUUCCUCUGGUGGAUCACCUCUAGUUAUUGUUCUCUUAUGUAUUUUAUUACAUUUAGCAAUCAGCAGUGAACCUGAACUAGAUCGAAGUUUUUCUAAAGCUGAAAUACAGAGCUGCAGGGGAUGUUCACUUAAUAGACUUAAAGAAGUGAAGGCCUUUAUUUAUGAGGAUCUUCCAAAUUAUGAUAAUAUAGAUUUUAAGGCUAUUCAUGGUGCUCCGCCAGAACUUGUUCUUUAUUCAGAGGACAUGAAGGAAAAAGAAAGAAUUUCUUUGAAAGAUCUCUCCAGAGAACAAUGCAAUGAUCUACUUAAACAAAAGGGAUUCACAAAGAAGCUUAAAAAAGUAGAAAAGGAGCUGUGA